AUGGCACCUCAGAUGAAGGGAUUGACGCAGUUCAUCAUGGACUUGCGGGCAGCACAGGAUGCUGCGGAGGAAAGAAAACGCAUAAACGUUGAAGUGAGUAAUAUUCGCGCCAAGUUUGCUACAUCGCUCACCUCGUAUCAGAAGAAGAAGUACGUCUGCAAACUCAUCUACAUAUACCUAUUAGGGCUUUCAGAAGAAGUGAGGUUUGGCCUCGAUCAGGCGUACGAUCUUUUGUCCUCGUCCAAUUAUCUGGAGAAGCAAUUGGGGUAUCUUCUGGUGUCUUUGUUGCUGAACCGAACAGGCAUAACUCCAUUGAACUUUGUUCAGGAGUUGAUAGAAAGAACACAAACGCAUUUGAUUCGAGACUUGCGUGUAGACUCGGACGACAUCAACAUUUUGGCAUUGCUGUUCAUUGCAUCAAAUUUCAACUUUCCGGCCGUUGGACAUCAGAAAACGGUCAUCAUCACUAACACAGACCCAACGGCUGAGUUCUGGCAGGAAUUGAUUCCGCUAGUAUAUGGGCUUUGUGUCUCCCCCACUUCCACCAAUUUGGUGAAGAAGAAGGCGUCUGUUGCCUUGCUUGCAUUGCUCCGACUCUGUCCCUCGGUAUUGAUAACGAAUGAUAAUUGGAUCCCACGGCUUCUUUCACUCAUCGACGACACCGACAUAUCCCUAAUUCUCAGCGCUGUGCCAUUGGCAUCGCUUCUAACUGAAUUUAAACCGAGCUAUGCCAAGGCGAUCAUGCCCUCUGUUGCUCAACGUUUGUAUUCACUCGUGGUGGAUGCAACAUGUCCUUCUGAUGAAUUUUAUUACGAUACGCCUUCUCCAUGGUUGGUUAUUAAGCUCCUCCAGCUAACAGAACACUACUUCGUCAAAACUGGGUCCUCUGACUCGUUAGAUGCCACCACCGUCCAGAGUAUCCGUCUCGUGGUAUCUCGAUCCAUUCAAAAUGCUUUGGUUCCCAGACUGGCCCAAACUAGCCGUAACACGCACUCGGCCAUCCUAUUUCAGGCUGUCUCCAUACUGACAUAUUUAGACGCGUCACCAGACGCUCUCUCGGGUGCUGUUAAAGCUCUUGUGCAAUUAAUUGAUUCGCAAGAGACAAACACUCGAUACCUAGCACUCGAUACGCUCAUCAAAUUGGUUGCAAGAUCGGAAGCUAAAAUCCCUUUCGUAGAGCAUUUGGAAAAAAUAUUCACUUCUUUGCAUAACAAAGAUAUUUCGGUUCGGAGAAAAACAAUUGAUUUGCUAUAUAUCGUUUGUGACGAAAUGUCAUAUACUCAAAUUGUGAACCAUCUUUUGGACUACUAUCCGUCUUCUGAGACAUCCUUGAGAGCAAGUAUUUCCGUGAAGAUUGCCCUCAUAGCGGAGCGUUUUGCCACAGAUUCUACGUGGUAUGUCUCAUCAAUGCUCCGAUUAUUAUCUAUUAGUGGCUCUACUGCCAAUCCAAAUGUGAGAAUUGAUGGUGUGCUUGAGGGCGAGGUUUGGGAAAGAGUUGCCCAAGUUAUUGUGAACAAUGAAGAUUUGACUAUCAAAGCAUGCAAGUAUAUUGUCAAUAUACUUCGAAAAUCUUCUGGUGCUCCUGAGGGAGACUCUUUAAUGAAAGUCUCUGCAUUUGUCCUCGGGGAGUUCGGAUACAAGUUGGCUGAACAGAGUAACUCUGAAAACGAACAGUUCGGUAUCAAUAGCCAGUUUCAAAUUCUAUAUGAUUCCUACUUCACUUCAAGUCUUCUGACAAGGCCUCUUAUAUUGAGUGCUUUCCUCAAAUUCAUCAAUCGCUUUCCCAAGGCAGAUUUUGUACCUGAUAUCAUGGAUCUACUAGAAGUAGAGACGCUUUCACUAGACUUGGAAAUCCAAAAUCGAGCAAGCGAAUUUUUGAAAAUCGCCACAUUUUUGGUCAGCUCAAAUUACGAAGAUGUUUCUUUUGCGAAGAGUCUUCUUUUGCCCUUGCCUCCAUUUGAAAAUAAGGAAAACAAACUUCUUCGACAAUUAGGUAGCUUGGCCUUGGUAAACAGAAGCACGUCAUCUUUUAAAAGAACUCUCGUGGGUUCACCAGCUCCAAAUGGACCAGAUAAUAGUGAGAACUUUGAUGAGAAGAGUAAUCCUUUCUUCGAGGACGAGGCUCCAAAACCACUUCCCCUUACUCCAAAUUGGUAUGGAGGAUACCAUCGUAUGUUGCAAUAUGAUGCAGGUAUUUUUUACGAAGAUCAGUUGGUAAAAUUGACAUACAAGAUUCAACGAUCCGGCUAUGCCUACACAAUUAGUUUCACUAUCAUCAACAAUGCAGCAAGAAAUUCCGGCGCUACUAUCAGCGCAUUCACAGUAUCUGACAUAUCGACUGAUAACAAAGGUGAGUACAUAGUCAAUUUGACUAAAACUCCGGACCUGACAAUCACGGAUAGAUCCUCGAUGGAGUUCGAGGCUCGUAUAUGUGAUAUAGUGGAAAACAAGUGUGGACCGGUGAUUUCAAUUAGCUACAAGUGCAGUGGCUCGUUCAAUUCGCUUCGCUUAAAAAUACCUAUAAGUCUUCUGAAAGGAUUGUCGGGAACAACCAUGGCCUCUAUUGACGACUUUAAAAAGAGAUGGGUUCAAAUUGGAACCUUACUUGGAGUCGAAGAAGGAGAGCUGAGUGGAUUACUAUGUGCCCCUCAUCGAUACAACUGUGCCUUCUUGGCUAGCACAUUACAGAGAAUUGGUUUCGCAAUCGUUCAAAAAACACCAGAUAACCCCGGCGAAAAUAUUAUGAUCACUGGCGCGGGUAUUUUGAAAACGCUUAAGUCAAAUUACGGUGUAUUGAUCUCGUUACGUAGCACCGAUCUGGACGCUAAGGCAUUUCAGUUGACUGUACGUGCAACUGGCGCAGGAUUAUCUGCCAUUAUGUUCGGACUUGUUCAGGAAAUUUUGAGUCUUCAAAAUUGA